AUGAAUUCCACUCCAGCAUCUGAGUUUAUUCUGUUAAGACUCUCUGAAUCUCUUCCUCUGCGAAUACUCCUCUUCCUCCUCUUUCUGAUAGUUUACAUGGUCACAGUGUUUGGGAAUAUAAUGAUACUAAGCAUUAUCUUGCAGAACCCAAUGCUUCAUUACCCAAUGUACAAACUUCUUUGGAGUUUCUCCCUUAUGGACCUUUCCUUUUCUUCAAACACUGUACCUGGGAUGUUGAAAACCAUUUUAUUCCAGAACAACAGGAUUACAUUCUCUUCUUGCAUGACUCAAGUGUUUUUCUUCCAUGCCUUUGGUAACAGUGAGAACUUGCUGCUCUCUGGCAUGGCUUAUGACCGUUAUGUUGCUAUCUGCCACCCUUUAAGGUACUCAGUGCUUAUGGGAGGUCGCACUUGCCUAAGCUUGUGCAGUGGAUGCUGUGUCUGUGCCUCACUUCAUGCUCUGCUCCAUGAGAUGAUGACUUCAUUACUACAUUUUCACAGACCUGCAUAUCUCCAUCACUAUUUCUGUGACAUCCCCCCUCUCCUAGAGAUCUCCACUUCUGACACAUCCAUUAACCAGCUGCUCAUAUACACUGAAGGCUCAUUUGUGGCACUUAUUCCUACUUUGCUUGUCCUCAUUUCAUACAUGCGCAUUGGAGUGUGCAUUCUUCAAAUCCAAUCUUACACAGGCAGGCAGAAGGCAUUUUCCACCUGCGCUUCCCAUCUUACAGUGUUCCUACUUUUCUCAGCCUCAGCUGUUUCUAUGUAUUUUAAUCCCACAUCAGUUUCAUCUCUCUAUAAAGGAAGAGCUGUUACCCUUAUGUACACUGCCAUCACACCAAUGUUUAAUCCAUACAUAUACUGUUUAAGGAACAAUGAAGUGAAAGCUGCUCUCAAAAAAGUGUUUGCCAAAAAAGAGCUCCAGUAA